AUGACCCCGAUGGCGCUGCUGCCGCCGCUGCUGCUGCUGCUGGGGGCUCUGGGAGCGCCUUUCUCUCCGGGCGCCCACGGCUCGGAGGCAGAGGGCCGACUCCGCAACAAACUUUUCUCGGGCUAUGACAGUUCUGUGCGCCCGGCACAGGAGGUGGGAGACUGCGUCCGGGUCAGCAUUGGUCUCUCCCUGGCGCAACUCAUAAGUCUGAACGAGAAGGAUGAGGAGAUGAGCACAAAGGUGUACUUAGACCUGGAGUGGACUGACUACAGGCUGAGCUGGGACCCCGCAGAGUACGACAGCAUUGACUCGCUGCGCAUCACUGCUGGAGCCGUGUGGUUACCCGACGUGGUGCUCAUGAACAACAAUGACGGAAAUUUUGACAUCGCUCUGGACAUUAACGUCGUGGUGUCCUCUGAUGGCUCCGUGCGCUGGCAGCCUCCAGGCCUCUAUCGCAGCAGCUGCAGCAUCCAGGUCACCUACUUCCCCUUUGACUGGCAGAACUGCACCAUGGUGUUCAGUUCCUACAGCUACGACAGCUCAGAGGUCAGCCUGUGGACAGGCCUGAGUCCUGAUGGACAAGAACGGCAAGAAAUCCACAUUCACGAAGGCACCUUCAUUGAGAAUAGCCAAUGGGAGAUUAUCCAUAAACCCUCUAGACUUAUCCAGCCUGUAAGAGAUCCUAGGGGAGGCGGGGAACGACAGCGUCAGGACGUCACCUUCUAUCUCAUCAUUCGCCGGAAGCCUCUCUUCUACAUGGUCAAUGUCAUUGCCCCAUGCGUCCUCAUCACUCUCCUGGCCAUCUUUGUCUUCUAUCUGCCUCCAGAUGCAGGGGAGAAGAUGGGGCUCUCAAUCUUUGCUCUGCUGACCCUUACUGUGUUCCUGCUGCUGCUGGCAGACAAAGUGCCUGAGACCUCCCUCUCGGUCCCCAUCAUUAUCAAGUACCUCAUGUUCACCAUGGUCCUUGUCACCUUCUCAGUCAUCCUUAGCGUCGUAGUCCUCAACCUGCACCACCGCUCGCCCCACACCCACCAAAUGCCCUUUUGGGUUCGACAGAUCUUUAUCCACAAGCUCCCGAGGUACCUGGGUCUGAAGAGGCCCAAACCUGAGAGAGACCAGAUGCUGGAGCCCCCUCCUCUAGCCUUCAGGGAUUCCCCAGGAAGUGGCUGGGGUCGGGGAACAGAUGAAUAUUUCAUUCGGAAGCCACCGAGUGAUUUUCUCUUCCACAAAUUCAACAGGUUUCAGCCUGAACUGGCUGCCCCGGACUUGCGGCGCUUUAUAGAUGGCCCAAACCGGGCUGUGGGCCUGCCUCCUGAGCUACGGGAGGUCGUUUAUUCCAUCAGCUACAUCGCUCAACAGUUACAAGAGCAGGAGGACCACGACGCGCUGAAGGAGGACUGGCAGUUUGUGGCCAUGGUAGUGGACCGCCUCUUCUUGUGGACCUUCAUCAUCUUCACCAGCGUCGGUACCCUCGUCAUCUUCUUGGACGCCACAUACCACAUGCCUCCUCCCGACCCCUUUCCUUGAGGACAGGAGAGCUGAGACCCUGGUCCCCAGGAAGCUGAACUCACAGUUCUGCAGUGUUGUCAAGCCCCAUUUCUACCUCUUAACUCCUUCACUAGGAAUCCAGCCUUCUCACCGUUUCUCUCCCUGGG